AUGUCGGACAAGAAAGGCGACACCUCGCCGCCAAUGUACGAGGAACGUCCACAUGGCAAUGGUCUUCCUGCGGCGGGCCACAUGCCGGAGAAGAUGAGCGCUGGUCAAUACCUCGCGACUCGCCUCUCGACUCUGAAGCCUCCGAUGGACAGAGUUGAGAAUCCAUUCUCGCUUCUCGGCUCGCUGACUCUCAAGAACUGGCUCAUGUUCUUGGUGGCUUUCCUUGCAUGGACAUGGGACGCCUUUGACUUUUUCACUGUAUCCCUAACAGUCAACGGUCUUUCCGAAACAUUCGGCGUAUCUACUAAGGAAAUCACCUGGGGCAUCACCCUCGUGCUGAUGUUCCGAUCCGUCGGUGCCGUCACGUUCGGUAUUGCUGCUGAUCGAUAUGGGCGCAAAUGGCCCUUCGUGGUCAACAAUAUGUUAUUCAUCGCACUCGAGCUCGGCACGGGCUUCUGCAGGACCUACAAGCAGUUCCUCGCUUGCCGAGCACUGUUUGGUAUUGCGAUGGGUGGACUGUACGGCAACGCGGCUGCUACUGCUCUCGAAGAUGUGCCGGAGAAGGCUCGAGGUAUCGUCUCCGGUAUGCUUCAGCAGGGCUACGCGUUCGGGUAUCUGCUUGCGACUGCUUUCGCACGUGGCCUCGUCAACACGACUCCUCACGGCUGGAGACCUCUUUACUGGUUCGGAGCUUGCCCACCCAUCCUCAUCAUUGCUUUCCGUUUGUGUCUUCCGGAGACAGACAGCUAUAUUGAGCGCCAACGUGUCCGUGCAGCAGGCGACAAUGUGGGCAAGACUUUCAUCAACGAGGGCAAAGUCGCACUGAAACGUCACUGGUUGCUUCUGGUAUACCUUGUCCUUCUCAUGGCUGGGUUCAACUUCAUGUCCCAUGGCUCGCAGGAUCUGUAUCCAACUAUGUUGUCCAACCAAUACAACUUCUCUGCCAAUGCAGUGACUGUCACUCAAGUGGUGGCCAAUCUGGGAGCAAUGACAGGAGGUACGAUUGUGGGCUACCUCAGCCAGAUGCUUGGUCGCAGAUUCAGCAUCAUCGUCAUAUCAAUCCUGGGAGGUGCUCUGCUGUACCCGUACAGCUUCACCGGAAGCAAGGCCGUAAUCGCUGCUGCCUUCUUCGAGCAAUUCUGUGUGCAAGGAGCAUGGGGUGUCAUCCCGAUUCACCUUAUGGAACUCUCGCCCGGCAGCUUCAGGACUUUCGUCGUCGGCACGAGUUACCAGCUCGGCAAUCUCGUGUCUUCCGCCAGCUCCACGAUCGAGGCAACCAUCGGCGAGCGCUUCCCAUUGCCCUCCAAGCACGAAGGCGGCAAGACGAUUUUGCGAUACAAGUAUGGCAUCGUUAUUGCGAUCUUCAUGGGCUGCGUUUAUGCGUACGUGAUUCUGCUCACGUUCCUCGGACCGGAAUACAAGAAUAGGAGUAUGGGAGCGGCGAAUGACGAAGAUUUGGAAGAAGCUACUGGCCACGCUACGAUCGGGCACGGUCAAGGACACCGUAGUGGUUCGGAUGAUGACCAGAUCAGUAAGUUAUGA